CGCAUCUGCAUUGUCGUUGGAAGUUGGAGAUUGGAAGUUGACAGAGAUUAAGCGAGCAAAAAAAUUUAUUGAGGCAUCAAGCGACACAAGGGGUGGGGGGGGGAAGAGAGAGAAAUCUAAGAAAGCACUGUUGGCUGACGGUGAAAAAUGCUGCAAACUUACUAAUUUGUUUUUAAAAUCAAGUGCAGCUUCAGCUAGCAUUAGCACUAAUACUGCUAGCACUAAUGUUAGCGACACAGCUGAGCCAGCACACCAGAGAGAAAGACAGGACAGUGAGGAAUAUGAGCAAGAGCAAGAACAAAACGAGCAAGAGGAGGAUGAAGAGGUAGACAUGGAUAACGAAUGACGGAGAAAAUCGAUAUGGCAAAGGAGCAAAAGGGCAGCAGCAGCCCCUGCACGGCACGGCAAGGCACGGCUCAGCGUCAUAGUCACGGACGUACAGAGAGGGAGGGAGGAACAGCAAACCGCAUCAGCAUUGCCACUGCGCACAAAAGAACCACCGUGUGUCAGCAGACAGCCGCCAGUGUAAAAUCCCCGUUCCCGUUUGAAUUUAUUGUGGCGUCUGCUGGAGCUGCACGGAGGUAUACUACAGGUGCUGGAUCCGCUGCAGGAACACUGAGGUCAGGAGCGGAGGAUCAGGGACCCUGUACGAUACGGGACACCGCCCGGCCGCCUGCUUCCCCCGCUGCUGGAGCUCAGGAACGGUCACAGCAGUCAUACAGAAUACCAAAGAGGGAGAUGAGGGAUGAUCCAUCUGAUGAAGAAUGAAUAAAGGGACAAAGUAAAGUUAAAAAAAAAAAAAAAAAAACACGAAAAAGAGGCGAAGGAGGUGAGAAACUAGGUCAACAGAGGAGAACAACGGGCAACAGAAGGAGGAGAAAAAGGAGGUGGGAGAUCUGAGGAGCUCCAGGACAGAGUUGAGGAUAGAUAGUAACACAAGGGGGGGAAAACACAGUCCUGCAAGAGACUGGCAGGAGACUGAAAGCUUUGGAAAGGUAAGGACAGAAAGCCAUGGAGACUGGUUGAGGGAGGACAGACGCAUCUGGAUGGUCUCCAUUGCGACGGUCAGCAGGUUCCCUCCCCUUCAAAGAUGGCCUCCAACUUCAAUGACAUUGUCAAGCAGGGCUAUGUACGCAUGCGCAGCCGCAAGCUGGGGAUCUAUCGCCGUUGCUGGCUGGUGUUCAAAAAGUCCUCUAGUAAAGGUCCUCGUCGUCUGGAGAAAUACCCUGAUGAGAAGUCCGCCUACAUCAGAGCCUGUCCUAAGGUGACAGAGAUUAACAACGUCAAGAAUGUCACACGGUUGCCUCGAGAUACCAAAAGACAGGCAGUGGCCAUUGUCUUUACAGACGACACCUCCCGCACCUUCACCUGUGAAUCAGUUUUGUGCAAAUUGGAGCUGGAGGCAGAGGACUGGUUUAAGACACUGUCAAUCGAGUGUCUGGGUACACGGCUCAAUGACAUCAGUAUGGGAGAGCCUGACCUCCUGGCUGCUGGAGUGCAGUGUGAACACACAGAGCGUUUCAACGUGUUCCUCCUCCCCAGCCCCAACCUGGACAUCUAUGGGGAGUGUAUGAUGCAGAUCACCCAUGAGAAUAUUUACCUGUGGGACAUUCACAACCCUCGCACCAAGUUGGUGACCUGGCCACUCUGCUCCCUGCGCCGCUACGGCCGUGACGCCACCCGCUUCACCUUUGAAGCUGGACGGAUGUGUGACAGUGGAGAGGGUCUCUACACCUUUCAGACCAGAGAGGGAGAGCAGAUCUACCAGAGGGUUCACUCCUCUACACUGGCUAUAGCAGAGCAGCACAAGAAGGUCCUGUUGGAGAUGGAGAAAAACAGCAGAUUGAUGUCUGUGGGUUCAGAUCCUGGCUCCUACCCCUGCACCCCUACCUCUAUCCUGCCCAGAUCUGCCUACUGGCACCACAUUACUGGAAACCAGACCGGCAUGGAUCAUGGCAGCGGUGAUGCUGCAGAAGACCUGCUGUCCACCCACCUGCCUCCAGAACACCAUGCCACACUGCCUCUGAAAAAUACACAUGCACAGUCCCAGUCACACAUACACACACACACUCCCCAACACACUACUCCACAUGUGAACAGUGACGUGCACAUACAAACACAAGGAGGAAGACAUGAACAUUGAAAAAGACGCAGACGCAAACACACAUAUGCAUGCAGGCACAAACAAUUCACUGACAGACAAGCACAAACUCCCUCCUUAAUAUUUUCACAGCUGAACAUUACACCUCACUGGAGAUGUUAUACGUGGGACUAACACUGGCAAACCAGCCAUCCUCAAAUAAAGAAGUUAGAACUAAAGAAGAACUAAAAUCCUCUAAAGACUGCAAGGAAAUUGGGCUUCCUUACACGACUGCAACUACGACAGUUCCAUGGUAGUUGGGAUUAUGAUUUUUCACAGAGAACCUCUGCCCGGCAAAGUAGCAAACAUUGCCUACUGAUUAAACUAAGGACUGUGAGCUCUCAGUAUAUUUCAAACCGCUGGUGUGUCCACCCAUUUCCACUUGUGCCACUCUCAGAGGUUUUCAGUGAAAUUAUGAUUUAAAGGUCCCAAAUGCCAAAAUGAGCAACACUAGUGGUUGCAGUUCAGCACUAGUAUUAGACCAAAACAAGCCCGCAUGUCAGCCACACCCCUCUCCCUUUGGCCCCAUGCACCCCGCUCUCUCAACCCCACCAUUCUCAGCAUCAGCAGGUGUUGCACAGCACAGAGAAAGCAUCCUUUCUAUACAGGGAAUAACAGAAUAAAGUUACCCUUUUGAGGGACAUGUAAAGUAACAAUGUUAGUAUAUUGGGCAAGUGAGAGGAUGUACACCUUGGCUAUUAUGUGCUUUGGAGGUGGUGCCAGCAAGCAAAGAGUAAAUGCACAUCAAAUGUGUGUUCUCAAUGUGUUGUCACAGUUACCCUGAAAAAGUAAUGUGAUUACUGAUUACUCUCUUAAAAAGUAACUUUGUUCCUAUACUGAUUACUUGUUUUUAAAAGUAAGUUAGAUUACAAGUUACUUUAUUAGUUACAUUUAGCUGCAGACAACACCCCUGCCACCUCAACAUAAAAUGACAACCGGUUUUGCCAGUACUCACUUUAUUGGGGAAGUGCAUUUUUAACAGUAACAUCAAGCACGGCAUUGAUAGUAGUAGCACCAAAUGAGGGCAAGUCAACCGUGUUUAAGUGCAGCAUUUCCUCUACAACAUACCGCCCGACAAACUUCUUCAACUGUUCCCAACUUGUUUGUUUUGCACCAAAGUCCAGCUUUUGUUGUUUGGGUGGUCGGGGACCUCCUGCAGAAGUUGAGGCUGUGGCUUUGCUGGCAGCUCUCUGCUUAACACAGCCUGGUGGGACUUGCUCUGUAAACUUAGCUGUGCUGCGACUCUAAAUGUUUCUUCAAAUCUGACGUUGUGUUUUUGGAGCUUGAUUUGUUGCCAGCACAGAGUGUACAAUGAACCUUAUUAAUAUUUACUAAUAUUCUCAUAUUAAGCUGACACAAAUUCAGUUCCAUUCCAUUGUUGUUUGUGUUUGUGUGGUGUUACACACGAGAUGUCCUCAUGCUGAAAAACAUGACUCGUCACUUGUCAUCAUUCCCCGAGACGAAAGAUGAAAGCAAAAAUAAAUAUUCUUACCAAGAAAAAUGACAAAAAUAAUAGUAAUACACAGUUACCUGAUUAAGUAACUUUAAUCUGAUUAAAUUUGUAAAUAUUAACACAUUAGAUUACUCGAAACUGUUACUGAAAAAAGUGGUCAGAUUAGAGUAACGCCUUACUAACCUACUGGCAUCACUGGCUGUGACUUGUGGGGACAAACAAAGACCAUGUUUUUCCCAUGGGACUGGGCUACUUUUGAUGAUGAAGGUCAGGUAGACCUAGUUUCAUGCAAAUGUGGUAUACUCUAACCAGUGGCGAUUCUAGACAAAUUUUACAAAUUUCAUUUUAAAGAGUGCAUCGAUUGAAACAAUGAGGUAGGGCCAUCAAAAAUGAGAAAUUAAAUACAGUAGGACAGUGCUGCAAAAGGUGGGCAUGGACCCCUGACCCCCUCAUACAAUAGUUUGGCCUAAAGCUCCGUCUCCUCUCCACCAUCAGAGUGUUUGGAAAUAUGUUCAGCUUGGGCUGCACUGCUACAUCAUUUUUGGACUUGCUGAUAUCUGUAGAAAGAUGCACAGUAAACAUAGGGCACAACUAUAAACAACAUUUAUUUACUGUUGUAUGCAUUUAUUUUAAAAUGUAGGCCACAUAUUUGUUUAUUUUUUUCACAUAAGAAUCACAUCAAUGACGCAAAAAAGAAUUUGUUUCAAAAUGCACCAUUUUAUGGACACACUGUACUAAGAAUUGUAAUGACACUGCUCUGCAAAUGGCCUGAACAAGAACACCUUUUCUACAUCACAAACCUGAUGGUGCAGUACUUGAUCCACAUGGAUCCACUUGCUGUUCUUCUGGCUGUUCCCCUCUCUGUCCCUGUAUGUUUUCUUCCUCCUCACCCUCUGGAGUGUCCCUCUCUGUGUCAGUGCCCUCAGUCUGAUCACCUGCCCUCUCUCCAACCCCCAUCAACUCCUCAGCUCUUCCAAUACCUUGAUAUGUUUCUCUCACUUUUUUAUUUACUGGGGCAAAACAAGCUGCAAUGUCCCUUCCUCAUUUCAUGAUAACUAAUAGAAGAAGAAACACAACGCAGAGGCAUCCGUCUCAUUUCAUAAGUAACCAUCCCUCCCGAUUUAACAUGUGUAGAUACCAUUCAUUACUUUCCUCAGUAAACUUAUUAUUUAUCGUAAUGCAACAGCCAAGACUGAUAAAGUUACGAGGUUAACGUCACAACAUUGUGUAGAACUAGCUAGGAUACUGACAUUCGGAUUUGGUGAGUUUGCCUCGAUAUUUAAACAUUGCAAGACCAGAAAUUUACAAACUUGAUUUUCUUAUCGGAGUGAGGAACAACAGUAACACGGUUACAUGCAAGAAAUCACUUUAAGAGAUGAUAUUGUUUUGCUUACCUUCACCUCUUGCAACAAGACAUUAGUGCAGGGGUACUCAAUUAGAAACUCAAAAGGUCCACUCACCAAAUUUGAAUCUGUCCAGGGUCCGAAACAGUGAUGGUGUAAUUCCAAAGUUCUAAGGAUGAUGUGUUCUGUCCACAUCAGUGUGAAAAGUGACCAUUUUUUUUGUGCCACCGGUUCUUUAAACUUGGGCACAAAAGGUUUGAGGGCCAUGCGUAGACACUGGUGUAAGUCUUCAUUAAUGAGUGUACUCCUGCAUUUGUUCUUCCCCAUAAUCAUCGUUGAAAAGGCUAACUCACAACAGUAUGCUGAAGGGAAGAUGGUGAGAAUGUUCAGGGUCAUUUUCUGCAAGGCGGGGACACCUGCUGCAGAGACUAUCUUUGUCCAAAAAGUUGCAGGGUCACACAGAGAUUCCUGCAGUGCAAGGUUUUUCUGAAGCUUAAUCAGCUCUGAUUGAAUAGAAGCAACACUAGCCCAUGGGCAGACCUUCAAGGCUUCAAUCGAGAAUUCUUCUUUUCCAGGAAUGGAUUUUCAAUGCACAAUAAGACCUGUUUUGCCAGAGGGAAAUCUCCGAACCGGGUUUCAAAAAAUUUCAAUCAAUUUGUCCAGGAAUUCCACGUAACUGUGAUGCUGUGUUCCUGAAGCUAGACUUUUCAGUUUUGGGUAGUGAAGCAGGCCCUCCUCCUGUAUGUCACCUAUUUCCAGUUUCUUUCGAAAAGCACGAAAAGCUGACAUGAGGUUACACACUGUGUUAUUUUUGCCCUGAAGUUUCAAAUUCAGAUCAUCGAGGUG